GGAGGAGGUGCUUAGAGCUUCUUGCACGUAUAACAUGUGGUGGUACAUAUGUGGGACUAUAUACUUCUAGGAGGUGGUGAGGAGGUAGGUAUAUAACAGUGUGUAGGCGGAGUGAGUGCUUUAUUGUCCGUCAUGUCUGCAGCAAAGAGCAUCAUUCUCCUUGCCUCGUGUCUUGUGCUUGUCGCGGGCGAAACGAAUAAUGUCAGCGACUUGGAGACGAAUCAGAUCGGGAGAUCCAUCUCGUCAGCUGACGGUCUAGUCUCAUCAGUCUUCCUUGACUGCUUGGACAACCAACAGUCUCCCAUGCACUGUAUCCGCGUCAAGACGCUCGAAUACCUGGAGAGCGUGGUGCCGUCGAAACGCGCCCUGAAAACGCCUCCCGCCGAAGUGACCGACGAUGGCGAACUGGACGCGCGUAUCGGCGAACGCGUGCAGCGGUUCGUUGACUCGCACCAGUUCAAGCUGCGGCUGCCUGAGUUUUUCUUUCAGGGCGCCACCUUGGUCUUCACGCCCGCUAAGAGUCUGCUGGAUUUCGAUGUGGAGUUUCCUCAGACAACCGGCGAGCAACGGUCGGUCGAUCAAGCACGUGACAUGAAGAAAAAUAUGCUACUGCCUCUGUUGAUGCUGAUCAAGCUGAAACUGAAGACGAUCAUCCCGAUCCUGCUGACGGUUGUGCAUGUGAAGGCCACCAAGGCACUCAUCAUGAGCAAACUGGCGCUCCUAUUGGUCGGUGGCUUCCUCGCCUUCCAGAUCCUCCAGAAAAAACAGAUGAUGCAGAUGAUGAUGGCGGAGUCCACCCCCUCCCCUGCCAGCGCCUACGGACCUCCAGCUCCCACCUACGGUCCUCCCACCAACAGCUACGGUCCUCCCUCGACCGUAGCGACCGUAUCCUCCUACGAAGCACCCAUCUACGAUGUGCCUAGCUCCUGGGAGCCCUCCCCCGCCCAGGGACCGUACGCCAGGGUGGGCUGGGACGCGCAGUCUAUGGCCUACAACGGAUAUGUCAACUCUCAAUCCAACAGCCAGCAACUGUCUUCCAGCUAGGGAAUAUUGGCGUACGUUGGAAAGGAAAUUGAAUACCGGCACAGAAAAUCGAAGUAACCAAAUUUGAAAAUUAAUUCGAGGGGUUUAUAAUAUGUUACACCUGAAAGAAGCAGCGAAAAUAUUCCAAUUCUCAAAUACAUCUACUUAGAAUACAUCACUUUCAAAUUUCUUCUGAUAAAAUGUAAUACUCACCAAUUAAGCGCAGUGUGAAAUCAAAAACUUCGAAUUAUCCAAAAAAUCUACCAGCUCAACUUCAGGUUUGCUAUUUGAAAGCUGUUACCAAAGCUCUUUUAAACAUCUUGUAAGUUAUACCAUUAUUUAUUGAAUAUUUGUAAUAUAUUUAUAAUAAAUGUUCCUACCAAGCAGGA